AUGCUACCCAACUUCCUCGCCACGGCGCUGGCCUUGGCCACGGUAACGUCCGCCUCCCCAAUCACCAGGUCUUCAUCGACAAACGCAUGGGAUCUGGACUGGAUAUCAACAGAUUCAUCCCUCCCAAAAGUGAUCAUCUACAGCGCAGGCGGCACAAUCCUCUCCGCCUCAAACUAUAGCCGCUUAGAUAACAUAGCCUACGGCGCCGGCGCCUCCCCAACGCCCUACGACCUCAUCGGAAACGUCUCCGAGGCCCUCAAGGUCGCUCAGCUCGCCGUCGUGGAACUCGAUGCCCCCGGCGGCAGCGCGGGGUUGAAUUCGUCGCUGUAUUUGAAUAUCAGCCAGCUUGCUAACGCACAGAUUUGUGCCGAGGGGAGUGAUGUAGCUGGUGCUAUUAUGUUUCAUGGAACGAAUACGUUGGAAGAGACGGCUUUCGGCGUGGAUUUGACCUUUAAUUGCUCCAAGCCGUUCGUCGCCACGGGAUCCAUGAGACCUGAUACGUAUGUCUCUCCUGACGGACACGCGAAUUUCUACCAGGCUGUUGCGGCUGCUGCCUCGCCUUCUUCGCGUGAUCGAGGGGGCCUAAUCGCCUUCAACGACAGGCCCUCGAGCAAGGGAAUUCUCGGAGCCUUUCUCGCGGGGCAGCCGUAUUACUUCUUCGACCCGGCGUACCCGACAGGACGGCCUUAUUUUGAUGUCACGGGUGUGACGGAGCUGCCUUCUGUGAUUAUUGUUUACGGUCAUCAGGGAUUUGAUGCUUCGUUGAUGCAUGCUGCUGUCGCCAACGGCGCAAAGGGUUUGGUGAUUCUCGGACCCGGCGCGGCAGCCGUGAGUCCCAGCGCCCGAGCCGCGGCCGCGGACCUGCUGGAGCAGCGGGGGAUACCCACCAUCGCCGUCGCGCGACCCGUCACCGGCACCGGCGUUCCGAGUCCCUUUCCCGGGCCGCUGAUCUACUCGAGUUACCUCGGCGGCGAACAGGCGCGUAUUAUGCUUCAGCUCGCUAUCGAUGCCGGGUAUGACAUCAAUGCGAUCCGGGGUUUGUUUGAGAGUCCUUUGAGGAGGACUAUCUAUGAUACGCCUGCGAACCAAAAGUUCUAUUACUCUAGAUGA